UUCGUGCGCCAGGCGAUCCUCGCAAAACGAAUGGAAAGCGAGAGAGCGAGUCAUGAGUGAAUAAUGUUUACCACUCACACCGUGGAAUGUAUUAGAGGUCGUAACUUUAGUCAGGUACUGCGGUAUUAAUUUCGCUCGAAAGGCCCAUUCAAACCGCUACCGCUCGAAAUCAAUACACUUGCGGAUACAGCGACGGGAACGACUGAAUGAAACCAUGAGGAAUAAAAAGCGCGGAGAUCGUUACGAUCUAAACUAACGUUACUAUCGAUCCGAGUGUUUGAAAACGCCGAGCCAGGUACUUCGGCGCUGACUUUCAACCGACGUUUUUUGCUGUCGUACCUGUGCUUACGUGGCACUUUUUAUUCGUGGAGACGAGUUUAAAACACCUCGGUUUUUACCUGUUUUGUGUACUUUUUACCGUGGCGAUGCGAUGUAUUUUCAGAGGUUUAGUAAGUUGCGCGGCUAGCACUAGUUUACUUACGCCGGGCGGCCAGUCAGCGCGCUAACUGCGCGACAACCUAGUAACACACUCUUUUUAUGGUUAAUUUACCGUAUUUUGAUUUACUCACAACGACGUUCGAAGAUAGCCGCGUACCGCGCCCUUUAAACGUUGACAGCAGAUUUCGAGCCGGGCUUUCGUGGGAAGGAGAAGUGUCAGGGCUGCGUGCGUGUUUUUUGGGCAGCUAAAAUGGAUGCAGGAAUGGAGAAGGAGUGCAGCGCUCUGGGAGGGCUCUUCCAAACCAUCAUGAACGACAUGAAGGCGAGUUAUCCUGCUUGGGAGGACUUUGUCACUAAAGGGGCUAAGCUGCAAUCUCAGCUGAGGACGACAAUCAUUGUCACUAGCUCGUUCCUGGACGCAUUCCAGAAAGUGGCUGACAUUGCAACUGGAACAAGAGGAGCAACAAAAGAGAUUGGAUCUGCUUUGACCAGGAUGUGCAUGAGACAUAGAAGCAUCGAGAACAAACUCAAAUUGUUCACCACGGCCCUUAUGGAUAACUUGAUAGCGCCGUUAGAACUGAAGAUUGAGGAGUGGAAGAAGGUUUCCAGUCAGUUGGAUAAAGAUCAUGCCAAAGAAUAUAAAAAAGCACGCUCGGAGAUCAAGAAGAAAUCCUCCGACACAAUAAAACUACAGAAGAAAGUUAAAAAAGGUAAAGACGAGGUGAGGAUGCAGCUGGACUCUGCUCUUCAAGACGUCAACACGCGCUACGCUGUGCUGGAGGAGACGGAGAAGAGAGCCGUGUGUCGAGCACUUAUCGAGGAAAGAGGACGUUUCUGCUCCUUCGUCACGAUGCUCAAACCCGUCCUGGACGAGGAGAUAAGCAUGCUGGGGGAGGUCACUCACUUACAGACGAUUCUAGAAGAUCUUGGCACCCUGACGACCAAUCCAAACUCACUGCCCCCUGCAAGUGAACAGGUUAUUCUUGAUCUUAAAAGCUCUGACUACAGCUACACGUAUCAGACUCCACCUGCGUCACCUAGCAACACGUUAUCACGCAAGAGCAGCAUCAGCAGUACCUACACCUCUGUACGUCAUGUCCCAUCUUUGGACUCCAUAUCAAGUGCAGUUGAUGGGCUUCACCUGCGGCCACCAGACGUAACACAGCGCUCACGCAGUCCUCUCCUCCUGCCGGGAGGAGAGGAGGGCGCUCGCUCACACAGCAGUUCUCCCACAAUCCUCCGCACCGCCCGUCGCGGGCCACACCCACGCCACAGGAGCACUGAUCAAAGUGGCAUUAACAGCCAGCCUUGGCAAGGUCCAAACGCCCCAGGCACAGAGAACGGGACCUCCAUGCCCCCACCACACAAAGUGUACGGUGGUCAUGAGGAAAGAUCCAGGACCCUGUCCACCUCCAGCAAGCCACAGACAGGCAGAGAUCAGCUGACUCUUGGGCUGGGAGGCGGGCUUAACUCGGAAGCUCCUCGGACCAGCCGAGAUUCCCUCCAUUGCUCCAGUGGAUACAGCACGCAGACCACUACACCGUCGUGCUCUGAAGACACCAUACCCUCACAGCAUGCGAUAAAGAAAGAACCACCUCUAUAUGAUUAUGAUUAUAUCUCUCUUCAUGGUGGAGAGGACGGCCACGGUCAGUCAGAUUUUGAUAAAUCAUCUACGAUUCCUCGCAACAGCGACCUGAGUCUGAAUUACCGCAAAAUGUUUCAAAGUAAGAGGCCGGCAUCCACCGUCAGCCUGCUGAUGGACCCCGAGCCUAUAGGGCCCCACACGGCAACUAUUCGCCGUAAACCCUCCAGCAAGCCCAACAUUCGCCGUGGCACCAUCAGUGGAGGAGUUCCCAUACCGAUCUCCACACCACAGGUUCCACUGAAGGCGUCUGUUUCCACAGCCGGUCUGAGCGGCAGCGAGGAGGCCGUGUGCCCGACAGGCGUGAUGCAGAGUAACCGCCUACCUGGAUCAGAUCUGGCUCACACCAAACAUAACCUCUGUACGUCCACCCAAAGCCUGAGCGCCAUGCCACCCCCGUACUAUUCCAUGUUCCCCGGGCAGCCACCGGUGGGCGGCGCAGAGCAGCUUUAUCAAAUGAGCAAACAACAGCAGUAUGCGCUGCAUCAACAACAGCAGAGGAAGUAUCAACAACAGUGUCAGCAACAACAGCAAAAUAAUCAACAACAGCCGCAGCAGCAAAAUAAUCAACAACAACAGUACAGACAACAACAGCAACAAUAUAGUCAACAACCGCAGCAACAAUACAGUCAACAACCGCAGCAACAAUACAGUCAACAACCGCAGCAACAAUACAGUCAACAACAACAGCAACAAUACAGUCAACAACAACAGCAACAAUACAGUCAACAACCGCAGCAACAAUACAGUCAACAACACCAGCAAUACAAACAACAGUAUAAUCAACAACAACAUUACAAUCAACAACAGCAAUACAGUCAACGACAGCAACAAUACAAUCAACAGCAGCAGCAGCAGUAUCAAGAACUGGGAUGUCAAAAAGAGCUCCAGCAGAAAUUUAAACAACAGAAGCCUCAAACACAUCCUUGUCAACAGCAACAGAACCAACAUCAGCCGCCGAAUGCGACGGUUCACAUUUCCAGCGCGCCGACCGAAAGCGUCCAGCCCGACUUGACCCAACCUGCUGUGAACCGCUCCGACAGCGUUCCCGAUCCGGGCAGCGGAGGUGACAUGCUGAGCAUGAUCCGCAGAGUCAAACUACGUCGGACACUUACCAACGAUCGUUCGGCACCUUUCAUCACACCCGACCAUCUCAACUGAACUUUGAUCUUUUCGCCGAAUGGAUCAGUAGAUUUUUACAGUUGUGUGGCUUCGCGACUUUUCGUUUCACAGCAUUUUUUAUUGGUGACAUUUGCGUAUACUUUCAUUAAGUAGAGAAAAAACUGUUCAUUUAUGAAUGAUUCCUGCAACGAGACAUUUUCGGUUCUGGAAAAUCCGUUUUGAUUUAUCUACACUGUGCUUGAAGAUCAAACUUUGUCAGACUUGGAAAAGUUGUAGAUGCAGUGUCCGUACGAAUGUCGCCUCGAUACGUUAAAGUUCAUUCUGCAGGCUGUGCGCUUCAUACAUGUAAACUGAUAUAUAGAUACAGAUAUAUAUAUAUGUAUUUAGAUUUACAGAUUGAUCGUUCAAGCUUUUAAGGUAUAUCAAAUUUAUUUGUUUAUGUUGUAUUUGCGGAAGAAAAGCACUCGGCCUUCUGGUUAGAGAUCAAAAACCUCUGUAUAUAUUAGCGAACUGAGAGAUUGUUGUAUUAUUCUUGUUUUUUGUUUGUUUCGGAAAUUACAUAAAGCAGCGCUAGACGUCUAUUUUUGUACAGUUUAGAGGAAAGGAAAACUGCACCACUGCCUUUAAUCCGCCCAACUACUGGACAUGCGUUGCGGUUGCAGUAAACGCAGCCAAUCAGAGGAAAGCAGGGAGGAAGUAAGAAUUGGGUGGAUGAAUGAAGGACUGGAAUAGUGCGUCAUAUUUGUGUUGCAUAUAACUGUGAGAGCUUACGAGGCAUCACUGUGGUUAUUUAUUCGACCUGUCUGAUUGCGAAUCUUUUUUAAUCGUUUGUUUACCAAAGCGUUGACGCUGUAGCUCUGUAGAUGCGUACGACGCUGCUGUCCUUGAGGUAUUUGGUAUAAAGACUCAUGUCUGAUUCUCAAACUUGUGGCCCGCUUUGACUUUUUUUGAACGGUUGCAUUACGACAGACAAGCCUUGGAUUUCAAAAAUUGCAACUCAUUGAUGUUUUAUAGGUAUUUACUUUUCUUUCACAUAAAACACUAUAAGAAAUACUAUAUUCACAAAGUGAACUAUUUUAAGGCCCUCAUCAUCUAAACGCACCUAAAAAGCAAAAUCCUUCACAGCUUAAACCCAAAUGGCAACGUUAUCCGCACCUGGGGAAUAAAAUGCAGUUUGCGUAAAGAUGCUUUUGUCAUGAAUAUUGAAACCGAAGGAUCAGUCCUGUUUUUUUUUCUGUGUUAUUUUACUUUUCCACAUGAUUCUUUUUAGCCGUUUGGAGACUGUUUGUAUAAAAUCAAGCAUAGUUUAGCCUAUCUUUAUUUUAAAUACAUUUUAGAAUUUGAUCUGAGAGCGCCUUACCCAGAAUUCUCUUGGUUUUGCUGCCUUUUUCUUUUUAUAAUUGGAAGCCGACGCUGGACGUUGACUUGAAGUGCAUCCCGUUUUAACAUUUUUAAUACCAGGUUUCUUGCAUCAAGCAUCAUCUUUGUACUCUCACUAUUUUUAUCCAUGUAUGAUGCUGUAUGUAAAUAAACCUGAUAUUCAGAAAUGA